AUGGGCCAGACAUUGAGUGAACCUGUGACAACAAAGGAAACUGCCUCCUGCGCUAAUCUGUCCUAUAAAAUAGGUAGCUCAUGCAUGCAAGGAUGGAGAAUCAAUAUGGAAGAUGCUCAUAUUCAUCUGCUUGCCAUACCAGACGAUACUCAAGCAGCUUUUUUUGCAGUUUACGAUGGUCACGGUGGUGCCAGAGUAUCACAAUAUGCCGGCAUUCACCUUCAUAAACUUAUCGCCACUAACGCACAUUAUGUAGAGGGGAACAUAGAAGAGGCGAUAAAACAAGGUUUUUUGGCUUUGGAUGAGAAAAUGCGAAACGACGAUGAAAUGCGGGAUGAUAUGUCAGGUACAACCGCAGUAGUUGUUCUGAUUAAAAACAAGAAAAUUUAUUGUGGUAAUGUGGGUGAUUCAAGAGCUGUGGCAUGUGUUAGUGGUGUUGCAUAUCCACUAAGCUUUGACCAUAAGCCAGCUAAUGAGAACGAAGCGAGGCGAAUAGUCGCUGCUGGUGGUUGGGUUGAAUUUGACCGUGUAAACGGUAAUUUGGCGUUAUCUAGGGCUUUGGGUGAUUUUGCAUUUAAAAAAAACGAUCAUAAAUCUGCGGAAGAGCAAAUUGUGACUGCAUGCCCUGAUGUUACGGUGUGUGAUUUGACAUAUGAUCAUGAAUUUAUUAUAUUGGCUUGUGAUGGGAUUUGGGAUGUCAUGUCAAACCAAGAAGUUGUAGAGUUUUGCAGAGAUAAACUGGCUGCUGGUUGUGAACCUGAAGCAAUUUGUGAAAAACUUCUUUCGAGGUGUUUAGCACCAGACUGUCAAAUGGGAGGUCUUGGAUGCGAUAACAUGACAGCAGUUUUGGUUUGUUUGUUACAAGAAGACACACCAGAAGCAUAUAUAGCCCGUUGUUCACGAAAGCCUGUUGGUUCUGCGGGUGGUGAUGCAGCCAGUGUGGAGAGUGAAACAUAUGUCACUCCACAACCAUCUCCUGUUGCAAUUGAAUCGAAUGAGGAGAUGCUCGCGCCACAACAAGACACGAUGAAUAUUGUAGUAACGAAUGAGCAGGAUUGUUCUGAAAGCGUGAAGUCUACACAACAGUUCGUCAUUCAUCUGGAUAAGACGAAUUCGGCUAAUGAAAAUUCAGUGAGCUGA